AUGGCGACUCUAGAUACCCAGCCUCGCUAUAUCUACAAGAUCGUUCCGUCCUCCUCUCCGAAUCAGAACGAUGGCUUUGUGCACCUGUCGAUGGCACACCAAGUCGCCAAUACUCUGAACAUAUUUUUCAAAGAAGAGCCACUCGUGUACAUCCUACGCAUCGAGUAUGGCACGGUGAUCUCGGAUAUCCGCUGGGAGUCUCCCGACGGCAAAGUAUGUGGUCCUCGGCCGGGCGAGGGGUUGUUUCCCCAUCUCUACAACGGGCUGAAGUUGGGUAGGGAUGAGGUGGAAAGCAUCGCUAUCUGGCAGAACGAAGGAGGAUGGGACAAAGCAUUGAAGGGAGCCAAACCCUGGCUUGUGUACUGA